AUGAUAACCACUGACAAGAAUCAGAGUGCUUCAGUCAUCUUCAUCCUUUUAGGAUUUUCAGAUUAUCCGGACCUCAAAGUCCCCCUCUUUCUUCUAUUCUUGACCAUCUACAUGGUCACUGUCAUGGGAAAUCUGGGCAUGAUUGUGAUCAUUAGGAUCAACCCCAAACUCCAUACCCCCAUGUACUUUUUCCUUAGCCACUUGUCCUUUGUGGAUUUCUGCUACUCCACUGGAGUCACACCUAAGCUCCUAGAAAACUUGGUUGUGGAAGACAGAACCAUCUCUUUUGAGGCUUGCCUCACACAGUUCUUUUUUACUGCUGGCUUUGUCGUCAUAGAGACAUUCCUACUAGCAGUGAUGGCCUAUGACCGUUUCAUGGCCAUUUAUAAACCCUUGCUUUAUACUGUUUCCAUGUCACAGAAACUUUGUGCCUUUCUGGUGGCUGCAGCAUAUUCAUGGGGCAUCCUUUCUUCUCUAAUAUUUACCUACACUCUCAUUAUUUUAUCAUUUUGUGGGACUAAAGUUAUUAAUAAUUUUCUCUGUGAGUAUACCGUCAUCCUCUCAGCCUCUUGCUCUGAUAAACACUUUAGUGAAAUAAUAUUUUUUAUUGUUUCUAACAUUGAUGCACUUUGCACCCUAUUCGUUAUCCUCACAUCCUAUAUUUGUAUUUUUGUCACCAUUAUGAAAAUGCAUUCAGGGAGUGGGAGACGUAAGGCGUUCUCAACCUGUGCCUCUCACCUGACUGCUGUUACCAUCUUCUAUGGGACUAUUCUCUUCCUCUACUGUGUUCCUAAUUCCAAAAGCUCAUGGCUUAUGGUUAGAGUGACUUCAGUUUUUUAUCCUGUGGUAAUCCCCAUGCUGAAUCCACUAAUUUACAGUCUGAGAAACAAAGACGUAAAAGAAACCCUCAAGAAAUUAAUGAAUAUUGAAGCUUCUACUCAAUAA